AUGUCGUGGCUCAACGCUAGCCAGCAGCGGGCGGUAGACGCCACUCUUAGCCUCCCCAUCUCACUGAUCCAUGGACCCCCUGGCACUGGCAAGACUACGGUGCUCGCCAGCGCAGUGCAUGCGGCGCUGCGGCAGCGGAGCGGCACCAGAGUCCUCCUGCUCGCUGAGACCAACACCGCCGUCGACAACCUGGUGCACGCCGUAUUCAAGCGCUCU